AUGGCCAACAGCUUAGCUGCUAUCCGCUGUGGGCAAAAUUCGGCCGAGGCAACCUUCUCACAAUGUGCUCUUCCAUACAUUGCAGCCAUCCCGGCCCUUGUAAUUGUGGUCAUUGCGAUCAAGUACCUGUUGAGUAGUUCAUACUUCUACAGAUGGCGUCCAUCGUGGACCUGUUCCUUUGUCCUUGAAGAAGAUGCCACAUACGAAAUUCCGUUGGCUACACGCAGACCGCCUAUACGCAAGGCUGUGGCCCUUUUCAUUCUCGCAAUACUUGGCCUCGGCGCCGAGAUUAUGCAACUAAUAAAGAGACCCUCCGUCGAUCUCACCGCACUCACUGCGGCUUGGGGCCUUGCUACCCUCGUGAUAGCCUUUAAACGACCCAGGACUGCUCCAACAUCGUUUCUGACAUAUUAUAUCUCAGCUUUCUUAGUGCAAUUCCCGGUCACCAGUGACACUGACACAGAUACGCUGGUGAAAGUCGCACAAAGCACGGUCACUGGAGCUGCUAUGUUAUCGAUUCUCAUAGUUUUAUCUAUGCCAACCAGAAAUCCAUCCCUGUCCAAAGAUGGCAUUGGCAAAGUUGGCGAAAACCCAUCCGACAGCUUGCGCAGUCCCGAAGACAACUUGCUCCUGUGGCAGUUUCUCACAGUAUCAUGGAUGUCACCGCUCAUUGCAGUUGGACGUAAGCGGCGAAUCAACGAAGAUGAUGUAUGGUCCCUGGGAUUCGAAUUCCAACACCGGAGAUUACACGAAAAGUUUCGUCAGCUUCAGGGAUCCGUUUUUGGUCGUUUGAUGCAAGCAAACGCCAUCGAUGUACUCAUUAUCUGUCUGAUUUCCGUAGUACAGCUCAUUUGCAACUUUUCAACACCACUGCUGCUACAGCAACUUUUGAAAGUAUUAUCGGACGAGCAUAGCACUAAGGCUGUAGCUAUGAUCUAUGCGACUGUCAUGCUCAUAGUGCGUCUGUUAUUUGCCCAAAUUCAAGUGCUCAACCUCUGGUAUGGCCGGAGGUGCUACGAGCGAAGCAGAGGGGAAAUGAUCAUGAUGGUCUAUGAGAAGGCCCUAUCCCGCAAGAAUACGUUUGGCCAAAAGAUAUCGAUCAAGGAAACGCCAGAUGAAGCCAGUCAAAAUGGUCAGAGGGAUAGCGACAACAUCGAGACCCCUAGCAAGAAAAGCCGCAAAACAUGUGGUCUGCUUCCGUGGGGAAGUAAAGUCAAAAAUGAAGAAAUAGUGAAAGAAAAAGAAACUGCGUCGAUGGGUAAAAUAUUUAACUUGCUUCGUGGCGAUGUUUAUGAAGUGGCACAGAGAUUUUGGGAAAUCAACGCACUUAUCGACCAACCCGUGGGUCUCUUCAUUGCUGUUAUGCUUGUAUGGAAGUUAUUUGGGCCUUCAUGCUUUCUAGGCGUCGUGACUGUUUUCCUCGCUCAAGUCAUCAAUGGCGUCAUCACUCGCUUUUAUCUACAAUGGGGUCGAACUCGACGAGCAGCCACUGAUGCUCGAUUGCAGAUCUCUUCGCAAUUCGUGGAAUCCCUUCGACAUCUUCGUUGGUACGGAUGGCAGAACCACUGGCUUCGCCAAGUUAUGGAAGCACGUAGUAAAGAGCUCCAUGUCCAAAUAAUCACGAAUUUGUUGGAAGUUGCGAUUACAUUUGUUCAAGCUCUCACAAGUGGGUCAUUUCCCGUUGUUGCUCUUUAUGGUUAUACAAUACUAGCUGGUCGACCCUUGAGCAUUGAUAUCAUCUUUCCGGCUCUCCAACUUUUUGGUAUGCUAGAGGAGCGUCUACGGGCAAUUCCUGCCUUGAUAACCACAUUUAUCAACGCAUCUAUCGCAAUAGGCAGAAUUGAAGACUUCAUGGAGGAGCCUAACAAGGAAACUAGAAUUGGGGAGGCAUUGUCAGACCGCUCGCCAAUCAGUUUGGAAUCCUGCUCAUUUGCCUGGCCUGGAAAACGCUCUGCGGUGCUAUCGGACGCCAGUCUCACUAUUCCGCAGGGGCUUACAGUUGUUUGUGGUGUAGUCGGAGCUGGAAAAUCUGCACUACUACAAGCAUUAUUAGGAGAACUUGAUGAGUUGAAGGGAGUCUCUCAUUUUCCAAAUGAAAUGAUUGGAUACUGUGCCCAGACUCCAUGGCUACAAAGUAUGAGCAUCCGCGACAAUAUUCUUUUCUCGUCCCCAUACGACGAACAGAGAUAUAAGCGUGUCCUUGAGGCGUGCGCCUUGGUCCCUGAUCUCGCCAACUUUCCACAUGGCGACUUGUCAUUUGUUGGCGAAAAUGGAAUCGGUUUAUCAGGCGGACAAAAGGCAAGGGUGGCUCUCGCCAGAGCGGUCUACAGCACAGCCAGAGUUUUGUUCCUUGAUGAUCCCUUGUCAGCACUAGACCACAAUACUGCAGAAUCGAUUGUGCGGAAAUGCCUUCUUGGACCUCUAAUGCAAGAUCGUACAGUUGUUCUUGUUACACACCGCGUGUCAUUGGUACGACCCCAUGCAGAUCAGAUUGUUGAGAUUACCGGGGGCAAGGUACAUUGCCAUGGCAAACAGGAUGUAUCUCCGCUACGUGAUUUAUACGAUGAUGAGAUACAACACGGCGAAAGUGAACAGGAAACGACCGAAGACGAGGUAUCGGCAGUAGUGCCGGAUAAAUUUGUCGAAGAGGAACACAGAGCGGACUGGGGUGUCCAGACUCGCGUGUACUGGGCAUACAUCAAAGCUGGAAAACUCAAAUGGUGGAGCCUUCUUGUAGUAAUCAUCGGGAUUUAUCGCUGCAUAGCUAUUUUACAAUCCUGGUUCCUCAAGGAAUGGGGUGAGGCGUACAGCCAGUUUAUGGUUACGUUCGGCUUUGCUGAAUUGAAGACACAAAUGAGUGGGCAGUGGACAACAGACAAUAUCUUCCCAGCAGCUUUUGCCAGCAAUAGCAACGCUAGUAUUCUCAGCUGGCCCUUCGACCGCAGUCAUAUUCCUUCUCCAGCAGAAGACGUCCGUCCUUGGCUGGGCCUAUACCUGGGAUUUGCCAUCGUCCAAUCCCUCUUUAUGCUUGUGGCACAAUUUCUGAUGCUGAUCAUUGUUUUCUGUGCUGGAAGAACGAUGUUUAAAGAAGUUAUGGAACGCGUCAGUCACGCUACUUUCCGAUUCUUUGACGUUACACCAGUCGGACGACUGAUGAACCGCCUGACUUCUGAUAUCGGCGCAGUCGACCGAAAUAUCAGCAUGCAGUUCCAAACCAUCGCCUUCCAAAUGAUUAUUUGGGUCUCCUCCAUUGUCGUUAUUGCUUCAGUGACUCCGACGUUUUUGGCAUUUGCUCUUCUUUUGACAGCGAGCUUUGUCGUGAUAUUUCUAUGGUUCCUGCCACUUUCACAGAGCUUACGACGUCUGGAGAUGGUUUCACUAAGCCCGCUACUAUCCAAUUUUGGCGAAUUACUUCACGGACUGACCACUGUGCGCGCUUUUCAUGCUCAAGUGCGCUUUCAGGACCGCGUCAUACAGGUGGUGGACAAAUUCCAAGGAAUGGAUCAUUUUUACUGGUCUCUACAGACUUGGUUGACUUAUCGUUUUGAAGCAUUAUCGAGUAUCUCUACUUUUGUACUCACUGCGCUGGCCUUGUACACCGAUGUCUCGGCAGGUCUGGUUGCAUUCGUUCUCGUGGCCGCCAACAACUUUGUGAAUUCCACCCACGGGCUAUGCAGACAAUAUGGCCAGCUUCAGAUGGACUUUGUUUCGGUAGAACGUGUGGAUGAGCUUCGCCAUAUUGACACAGAGGCCGAAGGUGAAAUUGACCCCCCAGCAUAUUGGCCGCGGUUUGGUAGCGAUAUUGUGUUUGAAGAUGCAACAAUUCGCUACGCAGCUCAUCUUGACCCGUCGCUGUCAGAUAUUUCGAUCGUGAUUCCUGGCGGUUCUACGGCAGCAGUCAUAGGCCGCACCGGCAGCGGCAAGUCAACUCUUGCACUCUGCCUUCUUGGGGUACUGCAACCUGAGAAAGGUAAAAUACUCAUCGACAAUAUUGACAUCAGUAAAGUGAAGAAACAAGCGCUGCGAACACGAGUUACGUUUGUUGCACAGGACCCCAUUCUGUUCCCAGGUAGCAUUCGCAAGAACCUUGACCCAACGGACGAUUACUCCGAUCAAGAGUGUGCGGAGGCCCUAGAGAGAAUUUGCGCGCGACAUGGGUGGACUUUAGAUUUUCAGAUCGAAGCCGGGGGUCGGAAUCUGAGCCAGGGCCAGCGCCAACUAAUUGGAUUGACGCGGGCAGCUCUCCGACGCAGUCCUGUGGUUAUCUUAGAUGAAGCAACGGCGUCGAUCGAUCAUGAGACGUCCUUGGAGAUACAAAAGAUUAUCCGAGAGGAGAUGAAGGAAAGUACAGUGAUCACAAUUGCGCACCGUCUAGAGGCGAUUAACGAUGCAGAUUAUUAUGUUGUUUUAGACAAGGGACGAGUUGAGAGAGAGGGGCGUAGCGAACAUGUCAGAUACGUCAACUUGGAGAUCUAA